CUCUGUUGCCUAGGGCAACCGCUCCCUCAGGCCUGAAUGUGGCGGCGGUUUCUGCGAAUGGACACCCUUGGGAGGAGGUCGGCAGGGCUGGUGGGGAGGUGACGCGGCUGAGCGCACUGGCUCGCGAGACGAGAUACGGGGAAAUCGGGCGUGCUCUGGAGAAUGGAUUCUGCAAGAAAAGCCAGCUGUCCCACGCGUGAUGUUUCUAGUGACUUCAGUGAUAUUUCCUUAGAAGAUGCAACAAUGGAAGAAAUCAGAAACUACCAGAUCAGUAGAAAUCUUACCAAAAUAGCACCAGAGCGUAGCAGAUUUCUAAAAAGAAACCAAACUCUAGGUGAAAAACACUUACACCUGAAAGAGAACACUGCGCUGGGGCGUGGACCCGGGCUUGCCUCAAGUAGACCGCCCACCACUGCAUCUGGGAUCCGAGCUAAUGCCGCACUCAUGAAGCUGGCCCAGCUAGAAACACGGAUCAUGAAUCGGAAGCUGCAGAGGAAUUUGUCUGGCACGGAGUCUGACUCAGUGGGCACUGAAGCCAGUCUUCCAAAGAGAGCUGACAACAUUCCCCCCGGGGGUAGAGUCGAACUGUGGUCCCAGAACACAGAAAAAACUUCCCAGAAACAAGCCCCUGAACUUCCUGUCACUGAAAAUAAUGCACAGAACGCGAAGGUCAGUAGGUUUCUAAAGAAAAAACAACCACCUGCUGAAAACGUAUCCCCUGAAGCACCUGUUGGGAAAGAGAGGACUUUGCAAACCUCCAGACAGAAGAAAGAACCUGCUAGAACAUUUGAUUCUCCAGACAGUGAUGAAGAGGAAAUGAAAGCAUUGCUAGGAAGCUUGAUGGACUCUUCUAGAGAAAAAAAAACAAAUCAAGGCUCCAGCAGCGCUGAAGUUAGCGAGGAAGAAGAAAUAAAACUGUUUUCGGUCCCAUCUGAACAGAGAGGAUUUACUGUACCCAGCGUGGAACUCUCCAGUGCAAAGCCUUCUCAGACAUCAUGCCUGCCAGCCUCCCUAGCAGCAGACGGGACCCUUCACAGCGCUCGCUCAAGAGCACAGUCCCCGCAGAGUCACGUUUCCGAUGACACCACCUCCCACACGCCGUCGGUUUCCAUCACAGGCGCCUUUUCGAAAUCAGUCUCUUUAAAGAUGGGGCACAUCAAGCUUGCGUCCUCCCCUGGAGGGAGUGAGGCUGAGCCUGUAGACGAGUCAGUUUCAGAAGGUGCUGAUGACAGCCUCGACGAGUUCAGAAUAAAUAUUUUAUCGCUUGACGAUCUGGCUCCCAUUGUCAGUGAGAACUCAGAUCUGGAACAGGAAGAGGAAAGCGCUCACAGGGAAAAAACAGCUGGCACAAUCUUCAGAGCCGAGGCAUCCGCUGGGCAGGAUGCCCCAAGGCCUGCCCAGGCGAGGAGCUGGGCAUUGCGGGGAAAGGCCGCCUCUGCAGAGGGGCAUGAGAGCGAGGUCUCAGAGCAUCUCAGUGCCUGCUCGGCUCCUGGCGUCCGGCCGGACAGCGCUUCCAGCAUGCAGCCACCGUCUGAAGCCCCCAUGGUGAACACAGUCAGCUCAGCCUAUUCUGAGGAUUUUGAAAACUCUCCAAGUCUGACGGCAUCUGAGCCAACUGCCCGUUCCAGGGAGUCUCUUGACAGAACACUGGACGUUCUGUCUGAAUCUUCUUCCAGUGCGAAGACAGACCUUCCACAAACAGCCGAGUCUAGGAAAACGCCAGGCAGGCACGUGACAAGAGUCCUUGUGAAGGACACAGCUGUGCAGACGCCCGAUCCCGCCUUCACCUACGAGUGGACCAAGGUGGCCGGCAUGGCAGCUAUGGGGCCUGCCCUGGGAGGCGCCUACGUGGACCCGACGCCCAUCGCCAGUCAUGUUAUCAGCGCGGACGCAGUAGAAGCCCUGACCGCCUACAGCCCGGCCGUGCUGGCGCUGCACGACAUGCUGAAGCAGCAGCUGGGCCUGACGCAGCAGUUCAUCCAGGCCAGCCGGCACCUGCACGCCUCCCUCCUGCACUCCCUGGACGCAGACUCCUUCCACUACCACACCCUGGAGGAAGCCAAAGAGUACAUUAGGCGCCACAGGCCUGCCCCGCUGACCAUGGAGGACGCCCUGGAGGAGGUGACCAAGGAGCUGUGAGCACAGAAGGUGGAACUCGAUGUGAUGUCUAAGGAAAGCAAAGCACCGCAGAGUCCCAGCGUUACCAGCAUGGCAGUUAAGAUAGGAUCUUACGGUGGAGUGGGGCUCCUGGACCGUGAUCGACGUCUCCUUCCUGGGGAGUAUGACUUGGACCGGGACCGCGACUGGGACCGGGAACGGCUUCUGGAGGAGCGCGACCUGCUCCGACUUCUGCAGGGAAGAGUGUCCACGUGUCAGCAGCAGCCAGGCGCUGUGGGGAGGCCGCAGGAAGAGGCCUUGGGCACUGUCCUCCCAAGGCAGCCUCUGCCUACCUGGAUCUGGAACGGGAGUAGGAGCGGGAGCAGGAGCGCGACCUUGACCUUGAGUACGAGCCUGACGACUUGGAGGAUCUUGAGUUGGAGCGGGAGGAAGAACGCCCUCGGCUCUUGGAUCUGCUCCGAGACCUUGAGGGUCCGCUGCAGGGAGAGGCCUGAUGAUCGGGUGCCCGGGUGGCCUGUCUCCCUGUGGCCUGGACCCAGCCCACCCUGGCCCUUAGGUUCCUGGAAGACCCCAGAUGCAGGGGGUCUGGUGUGGAUACGACGCCACAGCCACAGCAAUGGUAUUAAACAGUAUGGCUGAACUUGCUGCUGUGUUCAUUCAGGCACAGGCUGUGUGAGGACAGACGUGGUCAGCGUGUCUGGGGCCGCUGUCAGCCUACCCGUCGUCACAGGCUGUGGGCCCUGGCUGCCCGGCCACAGCAGGCGCCUGCAGCUUUACCUGUUCCUCUUCUCCUGGCCUUUCCUCCGCCGGGCCCGCAUUUUUGCUCGGAAGAACUCGUAGAGACCGUUCUGCUCCCAGCCUUCACUGCAAGACAUGGUAUCCCCUGUGUGACCACACAACACCCACGCACCGGGCACUCGUGAAAAAGUCAUCAGGAGUGAACCCACAGAACCCUUGAGAGUACGUGGCCCUGUGGCCGUGCGCCAGGCCCUCUCCCUUUUGCCUGCAGGACAUGCUCACACUGGGGACAGGGCUUCGACUACGGGCGCAGUGGACCUUGGCUCAGUGUUCCCAUGGGCCCGUCCUCCUGCAGCCCAGGGGCUCCUCUGGUGCCCACACCCUUGCCACCUGGCUGUUCUGCUGACGUGGGCACCCAUGGUCCGUGGCACUGGGGAACAGGAACACUGAUUCACAGGCAGACAUGCCUGCUGCUUCUCAGACGUGCCCUGUGCCACACCUGCCAUACUUUCUCCUGCUCAUGUAUCUCCAUUAAAAUGACCUUCACUGAGG